AUGAAUUGCCAAUAUCAUAAUCAAACCUAAAUUUCAUUCAUAUGUAUAUCUCCGCACACAUGUAAAUGUAAAAGGAAGCUGUGUGCUAAAUGCCUUUUUGAUCAUGAAGUGGAUGUAAAAUUGGCUGUUCCAAUAGAAAUAUUUUAAGAAAAAGCUGUUAUGAAACUAAAAGAGUUCCAGCUUUAACAAACCACCUAAUCAACCGAACAGAAAUUUAAAUUCAAAUCGAUUCUCUCUCAAACUCAAAAUAUAUUAAAAUAAAUUUGGGAAGAAUUAUCAUAAUCUAUCAAUUAAAGAUAUGAUUGGAUUUAAAAAGAAAAUAAUACUUAUCUUGAGCUUAAUAUCAAAAACCUUAACCCAGCAGAAUCCUCAUAUACAGACUUAGAGAAAUUAGUCAAAAUAGUAGAAGGAACAGCAUUAAAGGAUUGGAAUUUUGAAAAAAAUUAGUAUAUGAUUAAUGCUCGAAGAUAUUUAAAAUAGUUGGGAAAAAAUAAUGAAAAAUUUUAUCGAAAAGUCAAAUUAGGUAUAAAAAGAAAUUAAGUGUUUAAUUAAUAGGAGUUUUAAAUAAAAUUUUAGAACUCCCUUAUUUUAUGA